UAUAAAGGUUGGCAUAAAAGCUAUAAAAGAAAUAAGUUUGUAGUCGAGUAAUCAAUUAAAAAUAAAAGCUUUGAAUAAAUAUGAACCUAAAAGCUUUAACUCUAUUGGCAUUAAUAUUUUGGAUGAGUCAAGCUGUUUUAGCUUAUCCAAGAUCCAAUUUUCGUCAAUUCAUGCCAAGAUCAAAUUUAGCAUUGAUAGAAUCAGACGAAUUCUUUUUAGGCGAUCCAAUUGACUAUCAAGGAGUGGUAGCACAAGACAUUGCAGACCCGUAUAUACAGCAAGAUGAUGAUGUUUGUAACGAUUGUUGGUUCUGUUGCAUUGGUUGAAGUCAACAAAACUAGUAAAACUUUUGCAUCAAUCUUUAUGAAGUUAUAGUACAUCAACAUAAACAAACAUGGUGGAUAUUUUAUAUUUUUUAAUUCUAAGUGGAUUUAAAAAUCUUUUAUUUUGUAAGGAUGCAUAAUUUUCAUUAAAGAUUAACCUUUUAAAAAUUAAUGAUUUAUUAAAAAG